AUUUGUUUGCCUGCUCCAGUUUUUUCUGGGGGCUUGUACAUCACAGACAUGACAAAAUCCGACCUAAAUGCUUUUUUGAAAAUGUUUUAUACAUCUGCGAGGCAAGUUGACGGCUCGUAUUACAAGAAAAACACAAUGAAAAGUAUCCGAGCAGCAGUUGACAGAUUCUUGAGAAGUCCUCCAAACAACAAGCCUUUCGCCAUCCUUGGCGACCCUGCUUUUACCGAAGCAAACUCCGUGUUGGAUGCACUCGUUAAAGAACUCAGGAAAACAGGCGCAAUUGCUGGUUUGGUCCACAAAAAGCCAAUAACACUAAAGCAAAUUAAGAUGCUGUUUCACAAAUAUGACGAAUUAGGUUCAGCCGAUAGUAAUGACCCAGCACAGUUGCUUCGUACCGUUUGGUUUUAUUUCGGGUUUUACAUGCGACGUCGAGGAAGAGUAAAGCCUAGACAACAUAAGCCCAACAUGCUGGUUUUAAGAGCAAUAGCCGCUGAUAAAACGUAUUUGAACUCAACCGGAAAGUCGCAGGUUCAAUUCCCUCGACCAAGAAUCAGCAAGGCGGUUUAG